UCUCGUCUCCGCUCAGUGUAGAUAGUAACUUGGUUGGAGGUGGUCGUUUGUUCCGAGCUCUCGCGAAUCCCUCUCAGUGAAUCGACACGUGUUGGUGGGAGGAUUAAAAAAAAUAUCAUUACUUCCUUGACAGCGGCGAAAAUGUCGUCGUCGACAGUGAGUGAUAUUCAGGAUAAGAUCAAAUCGAAUUUGUUUGUGAGCAUACGAAAGAAAAAAGAUAAUAAAUUGGAAACGAGCAGCCUGGAUGGCUUGCUGGACAAGAGUAAGAACAAGAACGACGAUAACAACUACUUCACAUUAAGGAGGCAGAGAAGGGGCUCAGAUCCGCGUUUACAGACAUGCCGUGGAAAACUACAAAACAGACGCUCCAAACUCAACCAAGAGAUCAACAAGGAACUCAUGUUGCGAGCUGGCGCUGAGAACCUCUACAAUGCAACACACAGCAAGAGACUGAAAGAACAAGUCGCACUCGAAUUGCAGUUUGUGAACAGCAACUUGCAGCUCUUGAAGGAACAGCUGGCCGAGCUCAACAGCUCCGUAGAAAUAUACCAAGGAACUACGUGUAAAGGUGUCAUGCCCAUGAUCCCUUUGGGUCUGAAAGAAACAAAAGAAAUCAACUUCAGAGAACCCUUCAAAGACUUUAUCUUGGAGCACUACAGUGAAGAGUCAGAUAAAUAUAAUGAAGCCAUCACAGAAUUCAUGGAGUUGAGGGAGGCCAUGAGAACCCCAGAGCGUGAUGAGUCUGGAGUAGCUCUUCUUUUUGAAUACUUCAACCAGCUUUAUUUCAUCGACAGAAGGUUCUUCCCUCCCGACAGGUCGCUUGGAAUAUAUUUUGAAUGGUAUGACUCUCUCACUGGAACUCCAAGUUGUCAGAGGACUGUUGCUUUCGAGAAAGCUUGCAUUCUCUUUAACCUGGGAUCUUUGUACACCCAACUGGGAGCGCGUCAUGAUAGAACUUCAGCCAACGGAUUAGAUGCUGCCGUCAACAAUUUUCUGAGAGCUGCUGGGAUGUUCCAGUACCUACAUGACACAUUUACAAAUGCGCCAUCAAAAGAUCUUAGUCCAGAAGUACUUGAUAUGUUAAUAAGAUUAAUGCUGGCUCAAGCACGCGAAUGUCUUCACGAGAAAGCCUUAUUGGGCCACAGUGAGGACAUGGAGACUGUCAUUGAACUGGCACAAGAGGCUGCACAUGUUGCUCAAGAAUAUGCGCAGGUUUUGAAAACAAUAUCUGGUCCUUCUGUAAAAGACUAUGUGCCAGUUUCUUGGAUAAGUAUGAUUCACAUAAAAGCAGACUACUACAGGGGUUGUGCCCACUACCAUGUAGCAGAAGCAUUGCUCACCCUACCGAUAAAUUUAAAAGAUGAAGGAGCCCUUGACAUGCGUGUCCAGGCUGCUUUACAGUAUGUCCAUCAACAACCACAAAAUACAAGUACAACUUUAGACAUAACUGUCCCUGUGAAUCGACGCGAACGUACCCUUCUCGGUCUGGCUCAUUGUCGUGAGUCGGUUUUAGUCCAUGAGGAGGCAAUGCGACAACAUAGAAUGUGUCGAGACCUGAAAAAGAAGACAGCAUUAACCGAUGUAUUACACUUUGGCCAUGAGACUGCUAUUCAUCUUUUAGACCUAUAUGAAGAAGAGGAGGAUCUGUUGAAUGUAUUAGAUCCACCACCAAUUGCUCCUGCUACAAAAAUACAGCUUUCUCUAACUGCUCCGGACUUUUCACAACACCGCGUGGAGGAUGUUUUCAAGUUGCUAGGACCUGUAGCUGUGUUUUCAGCUAAACAUCAGUGGUCAGCACCUCGUCCAAUCUUGCUUAAACGAACUCCUACUCAAGGAUUUGGAUUUUCUGUGAGAGGAGAUGCACCAGUUGUCAUUGCUGGAGUAGACAGAGGCAGCUUAGCAGAGAGAGCUGGUAUGAAUGAAGGGGAUUUAGUGGUUUGCAUUGGAACCAGAGAUGUGAAGUGGUUACCUCAUGAUGAGGUGGUUGACCUUAUUCGCAAUGCUGGUAACACACUUAAUCUUACCCUUGUUACUCCGUGCGACAAAACAUUCUACAAAUUACCGAAGAGCAAAAGUUUGAAGGAUAUCUCACCACAUUCCACUACUAGUAGUAGUAGUGGAGUCAGUAGUAGUGGCAGUAAUGGUGGUAGUAGUAACAGCAGUACCACAAGCAGUAACAGCAGUCAGUAUGGGUCAGUAAACAGCUCUUCUUUAUCGACUACUAGAGCGCGAGCCAGAGAUAACGAGAAACGGAACAGUUGGAAUCCCUUCAAGCGGUCCAGGUCACGGGAUAAAUUAAAGUCAGAUUCCUUAACUGACUGCAAUGUUAUCUUGCGAUAGUUCAAAACUGAAAUGCUCAAGUUCCUAAGUAGCUUACUUUAUAGCAAUGCCUUCAUGCUGGCAUCCAUAACACUUUGUCUUUUUAUCCACUUCUGAAAGACUGACAUAUAAUAUCCCCUGUUAUUAAAUUUGAUUUUUGGUAAUGUAACAUAUAACAAGACAGUUACGGUUAUUAUAAAUCUGCUUUUGAAUUUCAUGUGUUCUUUGAUUUAAAAUCCCCUUGAAAGCACUGUACUCAUUUACUUCGUAAUUUUAUUAUUAUAUACACUGUAUGUAAGUUGUUUUAAUUGCAUAUGGUAUACAUGUAUCACAUUUUUUGUGGAAGGAAUGGUGUGCCAUAUAUAAAUAUUGCAUAUUUGGAUUGUUUUUCUUGUGUUCAGUAGCCUACUCAGUAUAGGUUACUGUGGCAUUAGUUGUAGUCAUUUACUUCUUAAUACUGCAUUGGACUAUAUUUUCAUUUAAGGUACUAGUCACCUUGUAAAUCUAUGUCUAUAGAGUAAACAGAAUUUUAUGUAAAUAAAUAAUGUAUAAUUUGUGUCAAGUUUGGAAACAAAAUAAUGUACAGUACUUAAAUGUGGUUAUUGUCAAUAAUGUAGUCUUGCCAAAUGUACUGUAUUUUUUUAAUGUCCCAGUAAUAAAUGUUAUUCCUCUUGAAAUUUAUAGGGCUAUAACUUGAGCUUCGGAAAACCGUCAAAAUAUUAUUAAAGAUUAAUUUUGAAUGCAGUCAGUUCAGAUGCAAAAUUUUAUAAAAAUAUAAUUUACUCAAAUUAACAAAACUUCACUAUGUCAUUUGAAUGUUGUGAGGGUUGUAUAUAUAUUUCAUUUACAUUUGAAACAACUGAAUUUCCAUUGCAAAUGUUCUUGUCCAGCUCAUGAGCAUACUCUUUUGGGGAAUUGCACUUGGCAAGCAGAAUGAAAAGAAAUACAGUAAAUUUCUUUUCCUCUAUAUACAGUAUUCAGUGUUUAGAAUACCAAAGAAUCCUACCAUGGGCUAAUGACAGAGACAUGGCCAUGAUCAUAAUACAUGCAGUAAAUACACUUUACACUCUUGAACCCCACAUUUCUAAGUUUUCACCCAGGACGUUGACCAGUAUUAGAUGAACCAUUCAUCGUUAGAAAAGUUUUAACUAAUUAUAACAAGACUUGUGAAUAGAAAAUUUACAAUGCUUUUGUUAUAAAAUUUCCCAAAAUACACGAAAAUAUAAACAUUUUUGUUUCCAGUGUACAUUCAUUACCUUUCCUUGUUAUAUUUUAUUUUCCUAAUAAACUUUGUUUUAUAUAUCAUUAUUUUUCCUUUGUACAUAUGAUGUGUUUAUGUAUAUAUGUAAAAUAUCUGUAAAUCAAAUGUACUCAACAAAAGCAAUGGGACUUUGCCAUUGUUAAAUUGCUGUAGUUACUAAGUUAUUCAGUAACAAAAAUUUUAAGUGACCAUUGUAUGUAACCAAUCAUGUACAUAAUAAACUACUGGAAAUAAAA